AUGACUUCUCUGUUCUUUGUUCUGAUGUUGCCACUCCGUUCCUUUGGCUCUAGUCAUGAGUAUGAUUUACAGCCUCUUUUUAUUUUCGUCUUUGUUCCACAUGAAAAACGAAGGAAUAAUAAUAACUAUUCAGCUCUAAUAAUAAACAAAAUAGAGUUGUUUACAUUCAGGCGUCGAUCGAACGGGAAGACAAUUAGCAUUGGGUCCGGAUAUAGUAGACGUGAUUUUACUACCAUGGAUAACUUUCAAGUUAGUGAUGAGGAUUUACUCCAAUUUUAUCAGUUGAAGACUAUCAAUCCAACUCGUUCAUGGGUACAAGAUUCCUCAAAAUUAAAUAACGAUGAGGCUACUACCACUGAAUUUGGGACGGAAUCGUCUUUUGACAUAUUGAAAGACUUUAAAUACGGUAAUCAGAUUAGCAUUGACAAGGAAUCAAGGGCCUAUUUGAAUGAUGAAGCCUUAAGCUUCAUCAGGGAUCCCUUAAGUGGUCAAGAGAUGUCCAAGGAACUACAAUAUUGGAAUCUACCAAACGAUUCAACAAGGUUAAAGUAUCUUGUUAAUAGCAAGCAAUUUAAUGUGAAGGCCUUUUUAAGAGAUAUGCACAAACAGGACUCCUUCAAAGAUUUAAAUAACUCGUUGGAUAAGCUGGACAAUGAUAUACAAGUCCAAUCCGGAAAUUUAACACAGUUGGUUGGUAAAAACUUCACCAAAUAUGUUAAAAUCAAAAACAAACUGGAUCAAAUGUACAAAGAAUUUGAUGAGAAGACUAACGAAAACAUCCAAGACGAUUCACCAAAGGAGAAUCAAAUAAAUGUGAAAAAUUUAAAUAAAAAAGUCGACGAGGUUAUUAGGACAACAACUUUUAGGUUGAAACCAUUAACGGAUAACUAUCAAAAAAUUCUAAGUUACCAAGCAACCAAAAAAUUUAUAGAACAAAACAAGUUUUACUUCAAUUUACCCAAAUCUUUGAAAAAAUGUUUAAAUAAUAACAAUUUCAAUGAAUUUAUGGUUCAAUACUCAAAAGGUGUCAAUAUCCGCCGUGGUUUUAACCAAAGUUUAGAUACCUCACAAUCGUUAAUUAUUAAAAGAAUCUGGUCUCAGGUUGAAAAAGUACUAACCAUCUAUAAAGACUUGAUUUGGAACAGUUUGAUAAACUCAAAUUUCGACGUUGACCAACCUCAAGAGACUAUACUUUCCUUAUUUUCCAAAUUAUUGAAUUUAGAAAACUUCAUCAACAAAAAUCAAACUGGUGACAAGAAUGCUGCUUCAUCAUCUAAUGAAAACCCAAUCUUGAGGUGGAUGACCAUAAAAUUGAAUGGUUUUCAGGGUAAUUUAAGCGAGUUGUCUAAUCAUAUGAUCAAUAAAAUUAUUCAUUCUCAAAAGCUCAUCUUACAGAACAACACCAAUCAAGAUCAUAAUCAGGAUUGCAUUGAAUUGUCCUAUUAUCUACAAAUUAACCAGUUGUUCCAGAAUAUAAGUGAUAUUAGUAAAGACAGUGAUGACUUAAGAACCGCCACUGACCCAAGCAAGAUCAAUACCAUCUCUGCAACUAAUUAUUUAAACUUGAAUUCUCAAUCUAGUUCUCAGGGUUUAACCGACUCUCCAAUAAUUAUCGAAAUGUGGCUAUUGAUUUUAAAGUAUAUCAAUGACCUGUGGAAAAUAUGCAAUCAAUUCAUAGAAUUUUGGGAACACAUCGAAAAGUUUUUAGAUGGAACUUAUCAAAACUCUAUUAUCAAUGAAAAGAGAAAGGAAAAUAUUCUGAUCGGUGAUUCUAACAUAAUUGAAUCAUACCAAAAAAGUUUAAUAUUAAAGAAAGAACAGAUUAGCGACAUCAGGUUAAAAGGUGAGAAUUUCAUCAACUUAGUUUCACAAAACUUGCUGUCUUUUUUCAAGUCUUCUCAAGCUUCUUUACCCUUCUCGUUAAAGAGGGACCAAAGUAGCGAAAAGGCUGGCAAUAAUAAGGAAACUGGGUCACCUUUGGACUAUGGGUUUAUACCACCGAAUUGUAAUGGGUUAAGUUGUUUGAGAUACCUACCCAAAGUUGUGGAGCCCAUUUUAAAAUUCUCUACCGAAUUAGCACAAUUAAACAUUACAACGAACGGUAUUGAUAUUUGCAGAACCACUUUAUCGGUCAUAAUCGAUCGUUGCGUAGGUGCUAUCUCUUCGACAAAAUUGAGAGAUAUCUCAAACUUUUAUCAACUAGAGAAUUGGCAAGUUUAUGAAACUGUUAUUUUCUCAAGCAAAUCAAAGGACAAUAACAAGAAUUUAGUUUUUGAGUAUGGUGUGACUCAGUUUCCAGAAAUUGUUCGUUCCUUCCAAGAAGUCAGUAUCAAGACCACGAGAGACUUAUUAUUUGCAUUCGAGAAACUGCCAAUUAUUAACGGAAUUUCAGUGGUCAGCUACCCGUCAAAACAAUUACUUACAGGAAUUGAAAUUCAACAAAUUAUCUCGCUGGAAGCUGUUUUGGAAGCAAUUUUAAAAAAUGCCGCUAAAGAUAAAGACAACCCAAGAAAUUCUCAUACAAUAUUGACAUUGACAAAUCUACAGUACAUUAGAGAGUGCACGUUUCCAAAUGUAUUGCAGUACUUUGAUGAUGCGUUUGAAUGGAACUUAACUUCCAAGAACUUAGAAUUGUUCAGCUUAUUGUCCAAAAUGGAAUCGUCCAUCUUUGGAAAUUAUCUUUCUGACUUAAAAAUUAAUUUGAGAGAUACUCUUGAAGAGAAAUUCCAUGAAAUAAAUUGGCCAAUGUACACAUCAAAUUCAUUCAGAGUGGGUGAUUAUAUUAUAGAAGCGUUGAUGAUUUUGAUUGUGGUCCACAGUGAAUGUUUUAGAAUUGGGCCCCAGUUGAUUCACAAGAUUCUGAUUGAAACUCAAAUUUUUAUAGCAAGAUACCUAUUCGAAGCAUUUAAACCUUAUAUCGGCAACCUUUCUAACGAUGGUUUAUUACAAGUUAUAGUGGAUCUAGAAUUUUUCCAAAGAGUCAUGGGCCCAUUAUUGGAAAAGGACACUGAGGCAACAUUAAGGGCGUGUUUACAAAAUUGUUUCCAGAACGACACAAAUAGACUACAGAAACGUAUCAAUGAAAUCGAACCCAUUGUAUCCGCAAAUCUGAAGAGGACUUCUAUUCAAUUUGCUGCGUUCAAUUGA